AUGAGCAUCACCAUCACUGUAGAGAAGGACGGCUUCUACGAGGUUAACGGAGAAAGCCGUGAACCCACAGUCAACCUGUACAUGAUUGCCGGUGCCACUAAGCUCCGCAGGUAUCUCCGUGAUACUGACGAGCUGAUCGUCUGCCCCGGAGUUUACGAUGGCCUGUCCGCUCGGAUUGCCAUGCAACUUGGCUUCAGGGCCCUCUACAUGACUGGUGCGGGAACCACCGCCUCUCGACUCGGAAUGGCAGAUCUCGGGCUGGCCCAGCUCUACGACAUGAGAACCAAUGCAGAGAUGAUUGCGAACCUGGACCCCUUUGGUCCUCCUCUGAUUGCCGACAUGGACACGGGGUACGGAGGCCCCCUUAUGGUCGCCAAAUCCGUCCAGCAAUACAUCCAAGCCGGCGUAGCCGGGUUCCACAUCGAGGACCAAAUCCAAAACAAGCGAUGCGGCCAUCUCGCAGGCAAGAAAGUCGUGUCCAUGGACGAGUACCUGACCCGGAUCCGCGCCGCAAAGCAAACCAAGGACCGCCUCCGCUCGGAUAUCGUGCUGAUUGCGCGCACUGACGCCCUCCAGCAGCACGGCUACGACGAGUGCAUCCGGCGUCUGAAGGCGGCGCGGGACCUUGGUGCGGAUGUGGGUCUAUUGGAGGGAUUCACCUCCAAGGAGAUGGCGCGCCAGGCGGUCCAGGACCUGGCGCCAUGGCCGUUGCUGCUCAACAUGGUUGAGAACGGGGCCGGCCCGGUGAUUACGACCAAGGAGGCUAAGGAGAUGGGGUUCCGGAUCAUGAUCUUCUCGUUUGCGUCGUUGGCUCCUGCUUAUCUCGGCAUCAAAUCUGCCCUAGAGCGGUUGAAGAACGAGGGGAUCACGGGCAUCCCUGAGGGUCUCGGGCCCAAGAAGCUGUUCGAGGUGUGCGGGUUGAUGGAUUCGGUGAGGAUUGACACAGAAGCUGGUGGCGACGGGUUUACGAAUGGCGUCUGA